AUGUACUACUACAGUGUGUAUGUCAGCGUCUGCUUCAUGGUGUGUAUCGCCCUGGAAAGGUUUUUGGUCGUUGUCUGUCCACUGUGGUACCGCUGCAGACGAUCCAUAAAGAGCUCUGUGCUGAUCUGUGUCCUGCUCUGGGUUGUUUCUCAUGUCAUUUACAUAUCAGGAAGAAUAUUACCCACCUUCCUCCUCCUUCCCUUCCCACUGUUCAUAUUCUUCCUUGUUGUGGUCCUGAAAGCUCUGUCUGCUUCCAUCUCCGUCCCCUCUGACGAAAGACGAAUUGUGGGAAUUUUGGUUCUGGUGCUGCUUAUUUACACACUGCUGUUCCUGCCACUCAUUAUUGACAUGCUGAGACAGAUAUAUAAUGAUAACCUCUACAACCAUUUGAGUCCUCUUGCAGACUUGGUUCUGUAUAUUUUCAUGAGGAAGGGGAUCAUAGAAAAGAUUUUGGCCUCUGUGUGUUGUUGCAGAAAGGACAGCAAUGAUAUCAGCAGUUCAUCAGUGUGAGAGAGAGAGAGACAGAGAGAGAGAGAGAGAGAGAGAGAGAGAGAGAGACAGAGACACAGAGAGAGACAGAGAGAGAGACACAGAGACAGAGACACAGAGAGAGAGAGACAGAGACAGAGACAGAGAGAGACAGAGAGACAGAGACAGAGAGAGACAGAGACAGAGAGAGAGAGAGAGAGAGAGAGAGAGAGAGAGAGAGAGAGAGAGAGAGACAGAGACAGAGAGAGACAGAGAGAGACAGAGACAGAGAGAGACAGAGACAGAGAGAGUCUUAUUCUUCAAUCUUUAUGGUUUGUUUAACACAGAGAACAUCUGAACAGAUCUUUAGGACUUCUUUCUCUUUGACCUCUCAUACACAUUUAAUUUAGUUAGAACUAAUGUUUGUUUAUCCAAAACUGUCUGUUUCCAGUUUUGUUCAAUCUUUUGUAAAAACUAGUGCAGUGUCUGUAGGAAGUAUGUAUUGCUAUAGAAAAUGGGAGGUUAAGUAGCUUUUUCAUGGAUGGCCAAAUGAGGUUGUGUUUGAAGGUGGGACGUCAAGGACAUUUAGGUUUGUUGUGAAAUGUGUAGAUUGAUAGCUAUUGUGUUUUCAUAUAAUUUGGCUUUUAGCAAGGACACUGUAGGGCGUUGAACUGGGCAGGACAUAUUAUUUAGCCCUGUAAUAUAGGCUAGCAUACAUCAGAGAGAGAGAGAGAGAGAGAGAGAGAGAGAGAGAGAGAGAUGGUAGUAAGGGUUUCCACAUCAAAAAAAUGUUUUGAAACUACCAAAAUGUAGUGGAAGUGUGUGUGUGACAGUAGCCCCAUUCACACUGCCAUUUGCAUGUGGGGAUCCAGCGCCAAUUCUCCGCACCCUCCUCUGUGUGAAAGUUUCAAAUGCGGUGAGGGGGGAAAUUUCGCUCCGUCCCUGAUCCUAGUAUCAGGGAUGCAGGAGCGAGGGCGUGUCGGUUAGACAGUCUGAUAACUGCACAGGUCUCUCACUCAACUUAAUAAAGAGAAAUGUCCCACAAAGCAACGUUACAGGACCAAACAACAGUAACGUAGUAACUGUAACUGUCUUUGGCAACUUACAUGAGGAAAAAAAAUACCACAGCUGUACGUGGAGAAGCGUCUGUCCUCCUGUCUGUCCUCCUGUCUGUCCUCCCGCCUGUCCUACCGACUCUUCCGUUACAUUUCUGCCCGAAAAAACAGCGUCUGUCACCGGCGAAAAACUCACGAAGUGUUUGUAAUCAAAAAUCACCGCGACCGCCAGCCCUCCGGACCGAGACAUCAGUUUACUUUCCACCGGAAAACAUUCUCCUUCUUGCGAGUGAGGGAGUCAGACAGCGUCCAGUUUAAUUCAAUUCAAUUCAAUUCAAUUUUAUUUGUAUAGUGCCAAUUCAUAACAGAAGUUAUCUCAGGACACUUUUCAA